AUUCACUCAAUUUUUAGUUUUCUUGAACAUAAGGCUUUUAAGUUCACGUUACGCCACUGCACUUUAACCACAGUAAGAUUUUGGAGGGUUCAAUCGCAGUUACAAUUCAGGCACUUCAGUUACAUACUUCUCUUCAUUUCCCACUUUAUUUUCUUUGUAUAAUAUAAAAAUCUGACCAGGUUCAAACCAACUAGCUCUGUUCCAAAUCCCUCGCUAUACAAUGUGGAGCACAGGUGUAAGCUUAAGUGAUACGAAUUACGUAGAAUAAAGGGCCCUCAAUAUGGGCCUGGGGCUUAUAGCGGGCUUCAGUUGCUCCUUUACGCUAUGGCUUAUGCUCAUUCUCUUCUCUUCUUUUACAUACUCCUCACCAGUGUUUUUUGAAUCUUUCGAUAAGUCAUGGGAAGGUCGCUGGAUUCCUUCUGAGAAGAAAGAUUAUCAAGGAAAGUGGAAGCAUGAAAAGAAUGAUGCUUAUGAUGACUAUGGAUUGCUUGUUAGUCAAACAGCAAGGAAAUAUGGUAUAGCAGUUAAAAUACCAGAAGUGCAUUUCAAAGAUGAUCCAGUGGUUCUGCAAUAUGAUCUGAAGGCACAGAAUGGGCUAGUUUGUGGAGGUGCAUAUUUGAAGUAUCUGAUUCCCCAGAAUGCUGGAUGGGAUCCAAAACAUUUUGACAAUCAGUCUCCUUUUUCUAUCAUGUUUGGGCCUGACAAGUGUGGAGCUACGAAUAAAGUUUGCUUUAUUUUUCGCCACAAAAACCCAAAGACAGACAAAUAUGUCGAGCACCAUUUGAAGUAUUCACCCCUACCUAUAACUGAUAAGAUCACCCAUGUAUACACUGCAGUUAUCUAUCCCAACAGCACACUCAAGAUUCUGAUAGAUGGAGAAGAAAAAAAGACAGCUAACCUUCUUUCUGGUGACUUUGAUCCUCCUGUUCUUCCACCCAUGACAAUACCUGAUCCUGAUGACAAGAAACCUGAGGACUGGGAUGAACGUGCUAAGAUUCCAGAUCCAAAAUUAAAAAAACCAGAUAACUGGGAUGAGGAUGCACCUAUGGAAAUUGAGGAUCUAGAUGCAAAGAAACCAGAAGGAUGGCUAGAAGAUGAGCCCAAGGAAAUAGAUGAUCCAGACUCCCAAAAACCUGCUGAUUGGGAUGAUGACAAAGAUGGGAAUUGGAAGAUUCCUAAAAUUACAAAUCCAAAGUGUGAGGAGGCACCAGGUUGUGGUAAAUGGGAAAGGCCUCUUAAGAGGAAUCCUAACUAUAAAGGCAAAUGGUAUCCACCUAUGAUUGACAAUCCAAACUACAAAGGAUUCUGGAAACCUCAGAACAUACCAAAUCCGGCAUACUUUGGGUUGAAGUGUCCAAACAUGGAAGCAAUUACUGCUAUUGGAAUUGAGAUCUGGACCAUGCAAGACGGACUCUUGUUUGACAAUAUUUUGAUUGCCAAUAAUGUUUCCAUUGCUCAGGAAUACAGGGACAAAUACUGGAAACCAAAGUUUGAGGCUGACAAGGAGAAACAAAAGGGAGAGGAAGAUGUUGAACCUAACAUACCUGGGAUGCUCACUGAAUUCAAAGGCAAGGUUUUUGAUUUCUUAUAUAAGAUUGCAGCCAUUCCACUUGUGGCACCAUACAAGGCAAAGAUCAUUCUGUCAUCUCGGUCAUCCAGAAGGUUAUUUUUGGAAGAAAGAAAAUUCCUUCUGCCUCUUUGGAAGGUAAAAAGAAGAUGCCACAGAAGAGUCCAGCCAUUUUGAGAAGGAACAAGAAGGACCAUCUGCCCUAAGGCAUAGGAGGAGAAGGGAGACCUAGCUGGCACAUCAUCUCAAAUAUGCGGGUGAGAUAUCAUUGACAUAACUGAUGUUGGUCGAGUCAAUUUAAUUCUUUUUUUCUAUUGCUUCAUAUCUAGCAAGAUUGCAGGCCAUGGUCGAAACUUGGUCAUGAUAUAACCAUUGCUACAUCUUAUGGUUAGCAGGAUAGUAUCAUGCUCAUGAAAUUUUACCUUAGGAAUCCAUUCUAACAACUUUUUCAUUACUCGUAUGUAAGAUAGUAAAUUUGUUGAAUACUUUUUAGGGUUUUCACUCUACAAAUAGUACUUCAUCCGAAGGAGCUUUCAGCUUGGAACACUUUUUAAAAGAUGUUUCAGGGGUGAAAUGCUGAAUUGUACACAAAAUAUUUGCUGAUUUUUUCGAAUGAUUCAAGAUGUCAAUGUGUAUAAAACGGCAGUUGGUUCUGCAUUUUUGAAUACUUCAACUGACAUCUCGACUUUCUUUACCUCUAUACAUAUACAUUUUACUUGUUAAAAAAAUGUUGAUCUGAA